GAAAUGUUGAGGUUGAGAAAUUUGGGUUUUGAAAUCAUUCGGGUUAUGAAACGUUGAGGUUUAGAAAUCUGGGUUUGGAAAUCGUUUGGGUUUUGAAAUGUUGAGGUUUAGAAAUUCGGGUUUCGGAAAAUCAGCUGUUGAAAAUUGGAUUUUGAAAUUCGGAUUCUGAAAUUUGGAUUUUGAAGUUUUGAAACCCUUUUUUUUUAAUUAUUAUUAGAUAUAUUUUUUAAUGUUGGUUUGUUUCGGCGCCUUUGUCCUCAUUUAUGUCCUGCUUUGCUCCGUGUUUGAGGUCGGCGCUGACAUCUGUGGGUUCUUUGAGAACACGACGGAGGAGCUGUGCAGGCGCUGGAUGCAGGUGGGAGCAUUUUACCCCUUUUCCAGGAACCACAACACCGAGCUCUGCUCCCCCCAGGACCCAGCCUACUUCGGCGCUGACUCCAUUUUGGUGACAUCCUCCAUCCAUUACCUGAACAUCCGCUACACGCUGCUGCCCUACCUCUACACCCUCUUCUACAAAGCUCACACACAGGGGGACACGGUGGCGCGGCCCCUCAUGCACGAGUUUUACUCGGAUGAAGCCACGUGGGAUGUGGACAAGCAGUUCCUGUGGGGCCCCGCGUUGCUCAUCACCCCAGUGAUGGACCCGGUGGGUGGUGCCGCUCUUGUGGGCAGGGCGAUUUGGGGCUUUUGGGGCCGUUUGGGGUGA